AUGACCGGGAAGAACGAGGAUCCCAAGUCUCCUUCACCAGUUGCUCAUGACUCUCAUGAACGGGGAGACUUCAAGCUUGCCGAUGCUCAAGAACUGCUGCAAAAACUGCCCUUGAAAACAAAAUGGAUAGAUGACUUGGAAAACAUUCCCUUAGACAUUCGAGACCCGUUUGAUCCUUCUUAUCACAAGGACAAGCUAUUUAUCGUUGACCGUCUCAUCCCGCCGCAGGCUAUUUUGUCCUUCUCCAUAUUUUCCUUUGACGGGACACUGCCCAAUGGGGAAAAUACCACUUUGCCUAUCUUCACCAAAGAAGAGGUAAUGUAUACUAUCAUUCCCUACAAGGAAUGGGCUUUUCCCCCACAUGACGCCUUGGAAUUGCCCGUCAACGAGCUUCUGCUUACUAGCAUUGGUUCAAACGAGGAUCCCGGCCGUCUCACCAUAGUGGAUAAGUCAGUGCACGCCAUGAAGACUCGGUUAUGGGAGGGUAUGGUUCCUCUAUCGCAAAACCAAUGGCGUGAAAAGGAGCUGCAUAAGGCCGAAAACUUCGAAUAUGCCUGCCAAUAUAUCGAAGCUGUUAUCAUUGCGUUUGAUUACCUUAAUGUUCCCAAACAUACCUCGUAUAUGUGCGGCACAUUCAAUUCUAUUUAUGACCACUUGGAGGAAUUUGAUAAUGCAUUGGAUAGACUGCGACGUUCUAAGAGCGAGCAGGGACCACGUCAAGAAGCUAAAAUGGCAGCUUUGUGGGAGGAGUUUAUUCGUGUUCGUUACGAGGUCAUGACACGGCGCGCACACGACUGGGUUAUUUCUCACCUUGAGGACCUACGACAGCCGCUCCUCCAACACAUACGCACACAGGGUCCUGUGUUAAAGGAUACUAUAAGCCCGGAUCAGUUGGCCAUCGUGAACAAACUGCGUAGGCUAGCUGGGCUUGCUGCGGAGGCUGAUUAUACUAUCUUCAUGCCCAUGGACGGCUAUAGAGGGCAUACCACCCCACCUCCCGAGGAAGUUCCAGAAACGCAAAGCCCAGAUCUAGCCACACGCCGUUGGGCAUAUCUCGAUAAACUUAAAUUCGACACCCUUACAACGGGCAUGACCAAAAAUAUGCGAGAAAACCUAGUCAGGAGCCCAGGCGAAGAACCCGCGCCCAAAACAGAGAAGUCAGCGCAAGCCCACCUGUACCAGACCAUUGACACUCAACUUGAGGCCCAGAAACGAACGCGGCAAAGGGUUCAAUGGUAUCCAGAACCCGAACUACUUUCACCUGUAGCAUGGAUCGGCGAUAUAUUGAGAGGCAUCCGUGACUCUGCGAGCACAGAUCAACCUGUUCGCAAAGUCGGGUUUGUAAUUUACAGGCUCUGCUAUGACGGUGACACGGCCCAUGAUAAUGUUUGGUCUAUGCUUUUGAAUGAUAUAAAACAAGAUCUGGCAGAUUGGGGCUCCGGCAUCGACGGAGCAGAGGACCUAAAGCCAUUUUUGGAACUACACCCGUUUGACGGGAAGAAGUUGGGGCUUGCGGAAGAUGACAUUGAUGGUGCCAAAAAACACUUCGCCAAGUUCCUCGCCUCCCCCGACUUCCCACGAGGCAUGGACGAAAACUCAUUCCUAGUCCUUGACUCCGCCAGCUUCUCCUCCUACAACUUCGCCAAUAACAUCACGACAACUACAACUACAACUACAACAACAAUGACAACGACAACGCCCUCCUCCGCACAAUUCGACACCCGUUUCCUCCUCGCCGUCGACGCAAGUUUUGAUCCCGCCGAGGGCCUUGAGCGGCCCGAGGAAUCGCCCGGGUACAUUGGUGAGAUGCGCAUCCAGACAAGCUUGAUCUGGCCUGAACUGUUUGCACUGUUAACGGCGCAGGCUCAGUGGAUGGAGGAGCUGUGGCCGUUGGCUAUGCGGCAUCCGCAGAAGAUUUACGUUGGGUAUGUGGUGCCGGAGAUGUUGAAGAGAUGGAGAAGUUCGACUGUAAAUAUGGAUGGGGGGGUUGCGGGGGGGUUGGGGGGGAAGGGAAAGGGGAAAGGGAAAGGGAAGGGGAUGCCGGGGCUUGUGGAAAAUAUGCUGGAAGGGUUGGGGCAUGUUACGAGUUUUCUGAGCGGGGACAGCAGUAAGGGUAAGGAGUUGUGA